AGGGUUGCGCAGGCGGGAGCCUGAGCUGCCAACGCCCUGGCGAGUCUGGGCAGAGCACAGUUACGCGGUCUCCUAGCGACUCAAGAGACCGGAACACCCGCCACCGAAGCCCCAGCGGUCCCCAGGGAGCCAGAGCCACCUUAGCGGACAACAGGCGCUGUUUCGGCCCGGGGCGCUAACCCGGGGGCGGACAGGCAUGAACUGCAGGCCUUGGUACAAGGAGAAUCUGCCUUCUGAGUGUUUCAUGAAGCCCAAGAACAGGCUGACGGUCCCCCGUUCCCUCAACAGCCAGCGGUGGAUAUUUGUCAGAAAGGGACUGGACGACUUCAGGAAAGGCUGCCCGCCUUGUGAUGAUCUGAUCAUUCAGGGCCCUCAGAAGCACUUUCUCCCCGAGAUUUAUCACAGAGCUCCCCGACCUGUGCUCCAAAAGAGGCAGAACAAGUUGCCCAAGGAAGCGGCCCUGUUUUCCAAGCUCUCGCUAGCCCAGCAGGCACGAAAGGCAUUCCUGGAGGACACUGAAGCCCAGCUGAGCCCACACCCCUUGGCUGUCAACCUGAAUCUGGAAGACAUGCCUGUGGAGCUCUUAUUAAAGGUGCUGGAAGUGCUGGAUCCUGACAGAAAACUGGAAGACACCUGGACUUACAGUCAGGGCAUCAAGAAAAGAACAAAGGAACCCAUAAAACUUUUAAAAAAACGUUCCACCCAAGUCUACUUGGGACUUCCCAAGAAGACUCCUGUGUCACAUCCAAGCCGACUGCUUUAUGAAGAGAAGCCAAGUGAAGUGGAUUUGCUCCACGAAGAGGGUCCUUUUCCUUAUGAAAAUGUACGCAAAGAAGUUAGUGACUUCUGCAACUGGGCUGCUAGCAUUGGAAGCUCGAACAUUGAUGAAGAGUUCAUCCUGAAACAGUUUGAAAUUGACUAUCAGAGCAAACCACGCUGUGAUGUGCUCCACACGAUGAGACUCAGCCAGGUUCCUUUGGAACUAAAGAAGAGUGUGGGGCUCAAUACACUUCAAGAGCCAGAAUGUUUCCAGAAACUAGACCAUGAGCGGAAACACCAGAAACUGCAGAAUCCUUAUAAACCAAAGUGGGUGAAGAUGAGGUACGGAGCAUGGUAUCUGAACACCAAGUUGUGGAAAAAGCAAAGAGCAGAUGAACCUUUGGUUGACCCCAAGGUCUCACGUAAAGCUCAAGAGGAGAAUUUUAAAAAGGAGUUGCAGGAACAGGAGUUACUUGCAGACCUUCAAGGAACAGUUGCCUUUAAAGAUUUCGUUCUAAGCAGGGGCUACAACAUGCCAAGUUUCCUUGAGAAGAUGUACAUCGGAAAAAAAUGUAACUGUGAGUGUAAGGCUCCUAUAAAAUACCUCAGCAUAGAAGAGUUUGGGAAGAUGAUCAGACAUAUUUUAUUUACUCUGUAGUACUUAGGCAUUUCUCUGUCUCAUUAAACAUUAAACAAAAUUUAUGAUGAGUGUACCACGAUGGGUGUACAACUUUGACUUGGCAACAUUCAUAAACUUUAUACCUAAUACUUACAAAUAUUUCACAAUGGCCUCUGCUUCAGUUAAUCAAUGUUUUAUAUAUUUUAUCAACUAUGAGAUCAAUAUUCACAUAUAGUCUUCUCACAUUUUUGUAGCAUUGUCAAGUUACAUAGGUAUAGCAACUAUUUGUAAAAAUAAAUAAAACCAUAAUUAAAAGCAGAAUUACUCUAUUGCACUUUCCCCGAAUAUUAUUUUUCCUUUAUUCUUUCUUUAGAAUAUAAUUUCCUUUCAUUUUGAAUUAAGCUUACUCAGAUUUCCUCCACUCCCUUUUUAGGCAUUUUAGUCUUAAUAAUAAAUGUGUACCUAUAACAUAAGGUCAUAGGUCAUAAAGUAUAAUGGAAACUCAAGGUGACAUAUUUUUUAAAUUAAUUUUUAAAAUUUUUUUAAAUGUUAAUGCUCAUGUUAGUAAAAUCAGAAAAUAUGGAUUAAUGAAAAGAAUGUAUAAAAUAAAAAUAAUCACUAUACAGUCA